AUGCCUCGCGGCCUGCCACGAGGUUGGAUGGCCAAAGCAGAUGGGCUUAGGGAAUCCGGGCGUCUCGGUCUAAAGGCUAAUCAAGAAGCCUUUGAACUGCAACCCAAUCGUCGUCGAGGAAACUCGCAAAAUGCAGUUGCAGACCUGACCGAUGCCCAGAGCAUCAUCUACUUCAAGCCACCAGCCAUCGUUACUUUCUUGCUACUAAUGAGCUUCCCACUCGUCGAUCCAACAUGGGUGGUGCGAUCUCUCUGCGCGACUCACCUUGGGAGGCGCCUACUCCGAGGUUUCAACAGGACCCUCAUGGACAGACUCUAUCACGCACUCUCCUCUACGUGUCUUCGUGUCCGCCUCUUACUAUUUCCAUUCCCUGCACGUUCGCGGUGCGGAACAUUCCCCACGCUAGAAGCGGAAGCGAAAUAUUGGUGCAUUGCUGCUCGUUACCGACGCCACCUUGCACAGUCUAGUGCUCGCCGGCCGCCGCAAGAGACGUCUGAGAUACCUCUCGUGACGUAUUAUACACCACGUCUUCUACCUCAAUACCGCGAUGUACAGCACCUCGACGAAGGAAGCAGUGAAUUUUCUCUACCAGCCAAAACGUUUUGCAAGUGGCAUAGGAUGGUGUUUCGGGGAUCGUAUCACCCGACGCUUGCCCAAGCGGUUGUGCGCAUGAAGUAUUACUCUCACAGAGACCUGAAAGAAAUGCAGCGGAUUGCGCGCCUUCUGUCAGACGAGCAAGUGCUACGCCGGCCUUGGUCGUCAAAAUAUAGCGAACUUUGGAAGCGAUGGUUGAAUACCAAAGGUCCGGACGUAGUCAUCGUGUUUGAGUGA